AUGUCAAAGACUGAAACUAUCCAGGCAAUUGAUGCCUCGUCGUUCCAUGGCGAUAAAUCAAAGAUCUACUCCAAAGACGAAAAGGGCAGACUUGUUCUUUCCGGCGAGGAUGCUGAGUCUAAAUACGCUCACUUCCUCCCCACCUGGGACCCCAACGAGAAAUUCGGUCCUCUAGAGGAGUUCGAGUUCUCGGACCCCGGCCUCCGCGCCGACCCCACCUUCCCCAACCUCCUGUCAAAGUCCAACACCAAUCUCAAAGUGAAAUCGCUGACCCCGAAAUUCGGCACCGAGAUCAGAGGCGUCCAGCUCUCCGAGCUCUCGUCCGCGGGAAAAGACGAGCUCGCGCGCUUCGUCGCCGAGCGCGGCGUGGUCGUCUUCCGCGAGCAGGACUUGAAGGAUAAGCCGAUCGACUGGCUGCUCGACUACGCUUCGCACUUUGGCCGGAACCAUAUCCACCCUACCUCCGGUGCGCCGCGCGGACACCCGGAAAUCCAUCUCGUGUACAGAUCCGCGACCGCAAAGGCGUCCGAGCACUCCUUCUUUGACGAGCACAUCAGCUCGACCGCAUGGCACUCGGACGUGACCUACGAGCGUCAGCCUCCUGGCACGACCUUCCUCGGCAUGCUCGACGGGCCCGAGACCGGCGGCGAUACAAUCUACACCGACACCCAGGAGGCGUACUACCGUCUCUCAAAGUCGUUCCGCAAACGCCUUCACGGGCUGGAAGUCCUGCACUCUGGCGUUGCACAGGCGAACGCGUCGCGCGCGGCAGGCGGCAUCGUCCGCCGCGAGCCCGUGGAGAACUUCCACCCUCUCGUUCGCGAGCACCCGGUCACGAAGAAGAAAGCGCUCUACGUCAACCCGCAGUUCUCGCGCUACAUCAAGGGGUUCAAGCGCGAGGAGUCCGACGCCAUCUUGAACUUUUUGUACGACUUCACUGCGCGGGCGGCGGAUAUCCAGGUGCGCGCGUCGUGGGAGCCGGGUUCGAUUACGGUGUGGGAUAAUCGGCGCGCGACGCACUCGGCUUUGGUGGAUUGGGCUGGGCUGGAUGGAAGUCGUCGGCAUGCGUUUAGACUGACGCCGCAGGCUGAUAUACCUACCGAGGGCGAGCUGUCUGAUGAUGACGAGUAG